AUGAAGAAGAAAAAGUUCAAGUUUGACGUCAACUUCAAGUUAAAUGAAUUAUCUAGUGUUCCCUUCGUGAGCGGGGUUCUCUUUGCCAAAAUGAGAUUACUGGAAGGUGGAAGCUUUACGAGCUAUUCAACGAGGUAUUUGACGUUGAGUACAGUACUGUGUGAAACAACACAUGUAAUAAGUUCACUGUUUCUCUAAAUUUAUGCUUUGUUUAAAUAUCUUUCUUUUCUUUAAGGGAGGAAGUCGGUAACCAUUGUGUGAAGUGGGGAAUGUUCGUUAGUUUUCCGUGCAAAAUGACGGCGAGCAUUUCUACUGGGGUUUUAGAUACGUGCAACUACAGAGUGUCAAUUCGAAAGGUAGGACUACUACAUAAUCAAAUUCGUGACAUUUACAGGGUUACGAUUUUAUGUUUACUUAGUUUUUCUCACGGAUCAAGCUUUCUGUUUUCUCGUUUCUGCCUUUAGCCGCGUGGGGUAGAUUUUCAUGGUUCGUAAAUGAUGUUUAAUUUCGGUAUUGUGCAAUUUCUUUUUCUUCAGUACCGUAGUAGUUUGGUUGUUAUAAGGACCACCUGCGACCUGAUUGAUUUUAUUAUAUUUGAGGAUAAAAAAGACGUUAUUGAAAUUUAUCGCAAUUCAUGAGCCAAUAAGAGGACAAUUCUUAAGUCUUGUAAUAUUUUUGGUCAUUUUUUGGUGUUAUUUUCGAAAAAUUUAAUAUCGGCCGAUGGAAAGCUGUUCGUGGAUUGCCCGGCUUAAAAUUGUCAAACCGGGAUCUGAACUUUGCCCGACUUUGCGACCUUAGAUUCCGGAGAACGCGACUGAUAUUUUCCUCCCCUUUCCUAUAAAUUUUGGCAAUGAUACAGUCCUCUAUUUUGCUGACCAGUAUUUUUCCCACGGAAAUAUAAAUGCUUCGUUUGCUGUUUUAUUGUUCUGGAACAACCUGGUAACUUGAUUAGAAUGCUUCAGUUUAUUGCGCUUUUCUUAUGUAAAUCUAGAGGUUGAUCUGUUUUUGGAUUAAAGGCUUUUUUAGACUUAUUUCAGGGGAUAAUUAACGAAUGCAUUCGUCAUUUCUUAAAUAACAAUUAAAACUAUGCAUGUAUUGGUGAAGUUAAAUUACCAGUGGUCUUUAUAUUGCUAUUUAAUUUUAAGUGGGACGUAGAUGUGGUUUUCGAAAAUUUCAGGACUUCAGGCCAUCAACCUCGUAAUAAAACAUAUCCACCCUAAUUGAUUAGCGUAUUGAAAAAGCCAAGAAAACAAUUUGUUUUGUCAAAUCAGUGGAAACUAAUUAUUUUCUUCUUACAUGGGUGUGUGACAUAACAAGUGGAUUGUAUUGAAAUAGUAAUCAUUAUUAGUUAAAAUUUUUUGUCUGCGCUUUUUUGGAUUAUAAGGUAAACUGUGCUCCAAAUUUCUUUACAAGAAAUGUUCGCUUUUCUGUUUUCUGUCUUAAAGCAUUGUUUGAUUAAUUUCUAUUUUCCUGUUACACCAUACUUCCAGCACGUCAAAUUUCACCCACUCAAUCCCUUUUGGUCGAAAUUACCAGAGAAAUUGAGUAUACUUAAUUUGAAGUUUCUGGAUAUAAGCUUAUUUUUUAAGAACUGCUGAAGCUAGACAAGAAUAAAUGUUAACGUCCACAAAACAAUCAUUAACUGCACUGUAAAAUUUUACUCUUAAAACCACCUUUGCUUGCAAAUUUAAUUAAAUCCAACUAUGCAGUCACUUUGCAUGCAUCUAGUUAUAAAGCUGUUCCUGUCUUUUUUGAAACACAUGUAUGCUGUAAGUAAGUCUAGCUAAGGCCUCCAUCUUCUAAUCAAGUAAAGGUUACAUGUAAUUCUUAACUUUAAUGUAAAAUUUAGGCGAAAUGUAGUUUAAAAAGGUACCCUUGUUUUCCCAAUGUAUCAGUACCAGUUUAAUUUUUUUCCAAUAGUGUUGUCUUGUAUAAAGGACUGGCUUUGUGUUAGACAUUGGCAGUGAUCAAAAUUUCUUUCCCUUAGUAUAAACUGUUUUGGAUUAUGACUGAUGACUGGCAAUGAGACGGCAUAAGAGAAAAAUGUAGGUUAUGAUACACAGAAGAGAGUUCUUACAUGGUAGUUGCACUGAUGCAUGGCCAGCAACCCAGUGUUUUGUUUCCUAAUUAGUUCUGCUUUUAGAAUUUCUCGUUGUUUCCUAAUCAGUUCUGAAUUGUCUCUGGAAAGAUACUUUUUACAACCUUCACCAACACUUAAGUAAUACAAACUUUACAUGCAGUAUCAUAAGCAUUACUCGAAAAAUAAGAUGCUAAUUAUUUCAGAUGGGAGAAAAUACACAAUUUAGUAGAAGAAUAGAUUGACUAAAAGACUCACAAUUUACCUCAGUAGGUGAGGAAAGGAUAAACAAUCAAUUUGCUUCAUGGAUGAAAGACAAUUUGAUUUAUGUGUGAAUGUUUUGUAUCAGCAAGCGAACAACUAUAAAUUAUUUUUGGAACCCUUCUCUUCAUGCUCUUUACAUAGCCAAUGUAAUUAUUAAUGGUGUCUGAUAUUAUUUUCCAUGCAAGUUCAGUUGUAGCUAUCUCAAAGUACACUCCUGCAAACCUCACUUAACGGACACUUCUCUACAUGGAAACCUUUUUUAUAAUUACAGAUGGUUUUCAUGAUCCCAGAGAUACCAAAGUCCAUUCAGUUUUCACUUUAUUGAGGUGUCCAUUUUCUUAGAGGUGUCUGUAUCAAAAGUUGACAACAAGCUCUGUCCCUUUGGUGUCCAGAAAAAGUGGUUUUACUCGUGUACUUACUUCCACAUUGAAGCUCCUAAUAGUGCUAACUACCAUUGUAUGUUACUUUGCAUUUUUUCCACUAUUAUGCUUUCAAUAUGAGUUGAAGUGAGAUAGUCAUUCUUAUUUUCAAGUUAUUAGAUAAAAUUCUUUAUUGUUACCAACCAUUCUGACAGAUCCUUUUCGUAUUUAUAUAUUUUUGUUUUUAGGAAAAAUUGGGUCAAUUUUUUUUAAUCCUCAUGAAGAAUUAAAUAAUGUAUCAUUUCAAUAUUAAGUUCUUCAGUGAAAUUUCAAGAAAUAAAAAAUCCAGAUUCCCCAAAAAUGCCAAUAUGAAAAGGAUCUGCAAGAGUGGUAUAUGUGAUUUAAUACUUUUGUGACAAACAAUUUCAUUUUAGCCUUGUUCUAUAGUCUAAUAAAUUACUUCUUACCUCUGCAUGCACGAUACAAAUAUUUUUUAUUGCCUUUUUCUGUUGCUCAUGUAGACAUAAUUAAGUACUUGUUUCAACGUUCAGAACUCUUGCUAUACGUAGAAUGGCUGUUUUAUCAUUCAGUCCUUUUGUGUAUAGAAAAAUGAAUUUUCAAUUAGGACUGUUAGUAUAAUCCUUUCAAAUUAGAAUUAUCAGACAGUCUGUCUUUAUUUGCAGACAGCUCAGGUUUAAUCAACGCCAUUUCUGUCUCAGACAGUCAUGUAAUAAGUUUUUUUUCUCUGUCGCUUGUGUAAAUAUUUUUAUAAGGAAUUAUGGUUUUAAUUAUAUUGGAAUGCUUAAGCUGGCUCAAGUUAUUCCUAUUUUUCAUUGAGGUUGGGAGUUUCUCUUUAGGAGUUUGCAUAAAGUUAAAAGGUUUUGGUUGGAGGAAUGUUAAAUAUUGAUUAUCAUCUGUGAAAUUGAUACCUGUAAGUUAUAGUAAUGCAGUAUGUUUUUUUGAUGGCAGUGACUUCACAUAUUCUGGUUCAGUUCCAAAACGUAUGCUUUAAGUGCCUCUGUCAGUCCCUCAGGCUGGCGGGGUGGGGAUGUGGGUUAGUGGUCAUUGUCAAAAUAAUUUCCCACUGUUUGUCCAAAUGAAUUGAUUAACAUUUUAGCCCCCUGUUUGAGUCUCACAUUGGCCCCUCAACUACUUGUAGCUUUCUGCACUGCAAUGCUCUGUUUUGUUGCUUGGUUUCUAUUCAGUGGACCUGGUUAAAUAAAAAAAGUAUGUUCCACUAAUAAGAGCACAUUUCAAGUUUUACAUGAAUAUUAAUUUUCUCACAGAGUAAGAGAAAAAUUUUGUAAUCUGCUUGUCCUUUGGACAACCAUCAUAGAGGUUUUGGUUGUCCAAAAUGCAAAUUGUGCUUGUCCAAAAAGUUUGGUUCAACUCCAUUUAUAAAUGAAGAGAAUAUAAAAGACAUAUAACACGUCACCUUUAGCCUGAUUCCAUUAGUAGCAAUGUUAAUUGUGGUAUAAUUUACAAUGCUACGGCAAAUGUUAUUUAGGCCAGAGUCCUUAGUCAUAACAUACAAAGCUCACGGAAACAAAUAGAAUGGCCACAGAAUGAAGAAAUUUAUAGGAGUAUUUACACUCAUUUUGUCAAGGUGGAAGUUUGCUUUUAUAUGACUAGGAGAUAAAUUUCAAUUCUAUUGAAAUUCGUGUUUCUGUGGUUGUAAUUCAGCAAUCAGAAGUGUGCUUGUUCCACGGACAAGUCAUGUCAAAGAUUUACUUGCCCGAACUAAAUUUCUGCUUGUCCCGGACAUUUAUCGGACGUAGGUUUUGGUGUACCCUGUUAUUAAAUCUACAAGAAAUUAUUGAAGAAAUAUGAGAACACCAUGUUGUACAUGUACUUGCUUGACUGUGUGCGGUGGUAAAUUUGUGUUGUUCCUCUACUAUUUUUUGUCCCCUCCUCUUUUCUCAUGUCUUACCGUAAAAACUCGUGUAUAAGCCGCAUCUUUUUGCCGAAAUUUUGAGUCAAAAAUCGCGGGUGCGGCUUAUACACGAGACCAUUGCUCUCAAAGGGAGUAAACUGGCUUGUAGGGGUCACAAAUUGAACUGAAAACCUUCAGUAAAUAAAGAUUAAACAUAUUGAAACCUGUCGUUGAUCAUUGCUUUCAGUAGAAGUGGUGAGCCGUACUUUCAAACAUUGUACGAUGUAAAUCAGUUUUUUGCUUAAACAAGGAAUUUCGUUUUCUAAUAUCAAGAUAUCUGUACCUGUUACUUGUAAAUAUAUUAUUCAGUUUUGUAAAAUACAGUCUUCACAAGUCCAGCAUUUGUUUACUUGUGUCCUUCUCUGGUGUCCAGACUUCCCUCGUCAAAUAAACGCAUGGUUACUAAGCAAUCGUUUUGUAGCAUUCUCCACCGCUUUAUUUUCGUUCCAUCGUUCCAUUUUCAUUUCAACUGUGGGCUUUAGCAAUGAAGAGAACUGUUGUCUUUCGCAGGAAAUGGGGAAAUUGAUUAAAGAGAACCUUUUAAAAGGUAUUUUCAGAGUUGAUUAACCUAUUUAAAAUGUCACUGCAAAUACACAACAUUAAAUUUCCUCAAGUUUAUUUGUAAACAUUUUGAUGCGCGAACAAACGAUCACCUUUUUUACAAAAGCGCAUUUUUGGUUUGUUUUUUUUUUUCAAAAUCAUGCUUGAAAGUUGGGGGUGCGGCUUAUACACGAGUGCGGCUUAUACACGAGUUUUUACGGUACUUUAAUUGUUGUAAGAAAUGUGAUAAAUAGGUUGUGAGAAAGAGAGCUCUAACUUAGUGCUUAGUAUGUAAUAGCAUUAGCAUUAGACAUAUUGGAAAAGGAGUGCAUCAUUUAAGGUUACUUCAUAUUUUCACUUUACUACAAAGAUACAAGUAUCAAUACUUGGAGAUCAUAAAAACACAGUGUACCCAAAUUUCACAAGACAUAGUGCUGCAUUGCAUUAAAAGCACUAUAUUGAAUACAUACAUUGUAGUUAUGCUUUAGCUAUUAAAACCCUCGGUGUUAACUGUGUGUGAAAUUAAUCUUUUUUUAUUUUUUUUUGAUUCAUUUGAUUCAUUUUUAUUCAUUGCAAGUGGAAAUACUGGCUGUCUGCCAGUAACUGGUAACCUGUAAUGAUGUUUUUCUUAAACUCAGGAUAAAUAUUUGCUCCAGAUACAUUCUUAACAAAAACAAACUCAAGAUGUUGCAGGAUAAUUCAAGAAAGCUUGUCAGAAUUAGUGGCACUUGAUUUUGACAUAGUGUUGCUUUGCAUUAAAAGCACUAUAUUGAAUACAUACAUUGUAGUUAUGCUUUAGCUGUUAAAACCCUCGGUGUUAACUGUGUAUGAAACUAAUCUUUUUUUUUUUUGAUUCAUUUGAUUCAUUUUUAUUCAUUGCAAGUGGAAAUACUGGCUGUCUGCCAGUAACUGGUAACCUGUAAUGAUGUUUUUCUUAAACUCAGGAUAAAUAUUUUCUCCAAAUACAUUCUUAACAAAAACAAACUCAAGAUGUUGCGGGAUAAUUCAAGAAAGCUUGUCAGAAUUAGUGGCACUGAUUUUGAAAAUCUUUGAACACAUUGUUGUUAACAUAAUUUUUUUCUUAUGAAGGCAUUUUCUUUGGUGGCAUAAAGGGGUGUAUUUUUUAUGGCAAAGGUUGUAUCUUGGUAAUAACAGGGUAAUGUUUGUCUCUGACUUGUUUAAUGCUGUGAACUUAACAUUUGGUGCUUGUCUGGUCUUUUUGCAGGAAACCAAAGGUGGGAAGGCACACAUCAAGGUAAAGAACAGUUCUUAGUCACCUUUACAGACAUAAACAACUAAACCAUGAAGGAUUGAUAUAUUUGUUGCUGCUGAGAGCUUCUGGGCUUUAAGCUGUACAUACCAAAAAAAUUUACUAGCAAAGCCAGAGUAAUGAUAAUUGUUUUAAUAUUAGUCUUAGACAGUCAUGUACUGUGUCACUGGUUAGGUAUUUUAUUUUUUAUUUGCCACACGAUUACGAUAAUUACAAAAAGAUGCCAAAAAAAAAAAUGUAGGAAGAGAUGGCGAGGAGGCCUAAAAGAAACUAUAGAGCUUAUGUUAAUUAGGCCUCCUCAAUUACAAUUUUUCGAAGAUAGUAUAAAAAUUACGGCGACGGAUACAACAUAAUAUGAGGUGAAAAAUUAAACUAAUCAAUAUUACGGAAGUUUACAAAUGUUGAAUAUUAAAAGGCUUUUUCCCAAAAUUUUUGUUGGAGUAUACUAAUAAUUAUUACAAAUAAAUGCCUUAAGUGCUCUUUUAAAGGAGAAAGGUGAGGAAGCGUUGAUGAUGUUGGUGUUUAAGGUGUUGUAAAAUUUAGGUCCUUGAUAAAAAACGGAAAAUUGUUUGGUUCGAGUACGACAGAAAGGCAGACGAAAUUUACACGAGUUUCUUGUAUUAUACGAAUGAAUUUGACUUUGUAAGGUAAAUUUACAAUGAAAUUUUAAAGGUAGAGUAUGGUUUUGAUAGGAGUACAUGAAUAAGCCUAGUUGUAUUAAGUAUAUAUCAUGAAAUUUUAAGAUACCAAGAUUUUGAAAGAUUGGAUCAGUAUGUGCAUCGAAAGUUGUUUUAGCUAUAGUUCUGAUCACUCGUUUCUGUAAAAUCUCAAGACGAAUAAGGUUAGUUCUGUAAGUAGAGGCCCAAACUAAGUUGCAAUAAAAAAGGUAUGGAUAGACUAGAGAAAAAUAUAGUGUUCGUAAGGUUUUCGUGGAUAAAUAGAAACUGGAUUUACGAAUAAUUCCUGUGCAUUUAGAAACUUUAUUUGCGACAUGUGAGAUUUCAGAUUUCCAAUUUUGGUUUACACAUCACCAAGUAUUAUUUGGAGUAGGUUUCAAAGCACAUGAAAACUGUGUGGCUGCUUAGUAGCACUAAUGCAUUUUUGAUGCAGAUCACAAGGCUGUAAUCUUGUAGUGCGCAGUGGCCCCUGGCACCUAACUUUUCCACCGGGAUGACUAGAAAAUCUUAAUCAUAAACUGGGCACCCUGGAUUUCACAAGCUCAGAGCACUGGGCUCCCUUCAAUUUUUAUUUGAGCACAGCCUUGGGUCAUUGGAUCAUAAUGAGUCAGUGCAAAGUCUCCUCUUGUACCUACAGUCUAAAAUACACAACAGAAAAGGAGAGGUCUGUUAUAUACAUGAGGACUGUGUUUGUAAUGCAGUAAUUUUGUUACAAAUAGUUAUGGUGAGCCCUGGGACUCAGUCCCAGUCCAGAACCAUUGAGUCCCAUUUCUAAAAGCAGUGAGUCCCUGGGUCUUUUGUAACCACACAGUUAAUCUGAAGACAGACUCCAAAACUCUCUAUUACAGUUUACUGAAAUAAAAAUAUACUCCUUCUAUUGUAAAGCGCAACAAAGACUAAAAGAAAUAAGGGUUGUUUAACAACAGCCACAAGAACAGCCACAGAAAUCACACAAACGGGAUACUCUAUAAAAAACAUCUUUAGAUCGAUCAAUACAAUUGAUCUUUGCAUCCCACAAGACACAUGCCACAAAUUAUUUGCAUCUUUGGGAUUUUCAUGAUGUGUCGCGGAGGUAGGACCCAGAGUUAACAAAAUCACUGGUAAUGUGCAUUUUUUAUGUCUUCCCUGUAGCUGGGCUUUGUGGAUGUCAAUUUAGCAGAGUUUGCUGGAUCAGCCACAACCACUAAGAGAUACAUUUUAGAAGGAUAUGGAGAUAAGACUCAGCUGCGACAAGACAACUCCAUCCUAGAGGUAAAGCAUUUCGUUUUUUUAAUUCCACGUUCUUGUAAUGUUACAAUGAUGAAGAUUAGGAAGACUUUACAAGAAAAUAGCAAGAAAGCCCAGAGAAACUAUAAGGCUUAUGCAACAUAGGUUUUCUCAACUCAGUUACAAAAAAACAAACAAACAAACAAUCAAACAAACAAACACAUAUUAGUUGAACAGCAAGGCAAAGUCAUUAUAUUAUUUUUAUAGUAAGUGUGAUGUCUCAGAACCAGCCAAUAUGUAAUGUAUGGGAAUCUUCAUACUUUUUUUUUGAGGCCCUUCCCACCCACCCACCCACCCACCCACCCACCCACCUCCCCCACCUUUUUGGAAAUUUGAAUGUUAGGCUUAAUUAUAUUCAAGAGGGUCAGAAGUACAGUCGACUCUCUCUUAACGGACACCUCUAUAUUACGGACACCUCUGUAAAACGGACACCUAGAGUUGGUCCUGCCUUUGCUUAUUCCCUUUAUUUGAUGCUUUAUAAGAUGGACAUCUCUCUAAGGCAGACACUUAGUGCCGGUCCCAAAGGUGUCCGUCUUGGAGAGAGUUGACUGUAUGGAAAUUUUCUUGAGCUACAAAAUAUUUUUUGGAUGAUGAUAAUGAUAAUAUUUUUUUUGUUUCUUUAUUGUUAACUAUAGGUUGAAGUCAGUAUGCAACUCAGAUCUGGAGAUCCACUGUUCAAAGUGUGAGUGUGUUUUGGGGGAUGAUGAAUCAUUGACUACUUAAUGUUGGAAUUAACAAGUAGGACAGCUAGUGGAAGACUCAAGGUCUCUUUAAAGGAGCCUCCAAUUUGGACUUGCUCAUAGCUCAUCAUAAAUAGAAGGAUGUAGGGUGGUCAAAGUUAAGCAGGCUGCCAGCCAAAGUUGCCGCCUUCUUGCUUAGUAUUGGCUGGCUACUCUGCUUAGCAUUUCUUUACGGAUGGCAUUUUUUAAAUAAAAAUAUCCCUAGACUGGCUUCUUACUUUGACAUUUCAGCCAUCUACUUCAAAACUUUCUGACAACCCUUAGGAUGUCGCAGUUCUGGUUGACUUAAUGAUAUGGCACACAAUAAUUUACACAGUAAUAAAAAUUGGUGUUGUUUUCUUACUAUGUUUUUUAUAUAUACUGCUUUGUAACAACCCUUGUGCAACAAAUAGUUCAGCACAGCAAAGCAGCAAUAAUACGGGUAGUAAGUUGUUUAAACACUGCAAUUAAUAAUUACAAAGUGACUGCCGUGAAGCAAAUGAUAACAUUUAACAUACGUCAAGUAUCCCACAAUGAAUAACAUAUUUCAUAACAAGAGGAUAUGUUUCACAUACAAUCAAUAAUCCAUGUGGCUAAUUGUUUUAAAAUAGGUAACUGGUGAAAAUUCAGGAGCCUACUCAGGUUGGGGGGGGGGGGGGGGGGGGGGGGGGGAUGUGGGUUAGUGGUCAUUGUCAAAUUUCCCACUGUUUGUCCAGAAGAAUUGAUUAACAUUUUAGCCCAGUCUCACAUCAGCCCCUCAACUGCUUGUAGCUUUCUGCACUGCAAUGCUCUGUUUUGUUGCUUGGUUUCUAUUCAGUGGACCUAGUUAAAUAAAAAAAAGUAUGUUCCACUAAUAAGACCACAUUUCAAGUUUUACAUGAAUAUUAAUUUACUCACAGAGUAAGAGAAAAAUUUUGUAAUCCACUUGUCCUUUGGACAACCAUCAUAGAGAUUUUGGUUGUCCAAAAUGCAAAUUGUGCUUGUCCAAAAAGUUUGGUUCAACUCCAUUUAUAAAUGAAGAGAAUAUAAAAGACAUAUAUAACACGUCACCUUUAGCAUGAUUCCAUUAGUAUCAAUGUUAAUUGUGGUAUAAUUUACAAUGCUACGGCAAAUGUUAUUUAGGCCAGGGUCCUUAGUCAUAACAUACAAAGCUCACAGAAACAAAUAGAAUGGCCAAAGAAUGAAGAAAUUUAUAGGAGUAUUUACACUCAUUUUGUCAAGGUGGAAGUUUGCUUUUAUAUGACUAGGAGACAAAUUUCAAUUCUAUUGAAAUUCGUGUUUCUGUGGUUGUAAUUCAGCAAUCAGAAAUGUGACAAUCGGACGUGGGUUUUGGUGUACCCUGUUAUUAAAUCUACAAGAAAUUAUUGAAGAAAUAUGAGAACACUAUGUUGUACAUGUACUUGCUUGACUGUGUGCAGUAACUAAAUUUAUGUUGUUCCUCUACUAUUUUUUGUCCCCUUCUCUUUUCUCACUUCUUACUUUAAUUGUUGUAAGAAAUGUGAUAAAUAGGUUGUGAGAAAGAGAGCUCUAACUCAGUGCUUAGUAUGUAAUAGCAUUUGCAUUAGACAUAUUGGAAAAGGAGUGCAUCAUUUAAGGUUACUUCAUAUUUUCACUUUACUACAAAGAUACAAGUAUCAAUACUUGGAGAUCAUAAAAACACAGUGUACCCAAAUUUCACAAGACAUAGUUCUGCAUUGCAUUAAAAGCACUAUAUUAAAUACAUACAUUGUAGUUUAUGCUUUAGCUAUUAAAACCCUCGGUGUUAACUGUGUGUGAAACUAAUCUUUUUUAUUUUUUUUAUUCAUUUUAUUCAUUUUUAUUCAUUGCAAGUGGAAAUAUUGGCUGUCUGCCAGUAACUGGUAACCUGUAAUGAUGUUUUUCUUAAACUCAGGAUAAAUAUUUGCUCCAGAUACAUUCUUAACAAAAACAAACUCAAGAUGUUGCGGGAUAAUUCAAUAAAGCUUGUCAGAAUUAGUGGCACUGAUUUUGAAAAUCUUUGAACACAUUGUUGUUAACUUAAUUUUUUUCUUAUGAAGGCAUUUUCUUUGGUGGCAUAAAGGGGUGUAUUUGUUAUGGCAGAGGUUGUAUCUUGCUAAUAACAGGGUAAUGUUUGUCUCUGACUUGUUUAAUGCUGUAAACUUAACAUUUGGUGUUUGUCUGGUCUCUUUGCAGGAAACUAAAGGUGGGAAGGCACACAUCAAGGUAAAGGACAGUUCUUAGUCACCUUUACAGACAUAAACAACUAAACAAUGAAGGAUUGAUAUAUUUGUUGCUGCUGAGAGCUUCUGGGCUUUAAGCUGUACAUACCAAACAAAUUUGCUAGCAAAGCCAGAGUAAUAAUAAUUGUUUUAAUAUUAGUCUUAGACAGUCAUGUACUGGGUCACUGGUUUACACAUCACCAAGUAUUAUUUGGAGUAGGUUUCAAAGCACAUGAAAACUGUGUGGCUGCUUAGUAGCACUAAUGCAUUUUUAAUGCAGAUCACAAGGCUAUAAUCUUGUAGUGCACAGUGGCCCCUGGCACCUAACUUUUCCCCCCCCCAGGUGACUAGAAAAUCUUAAUCAUAAGCUUGGCACCCUGGAUUUCACAAGCUCAGAGCACUGGGCUCCCUUCAAUUUUUAUUGGAGCACAGCCUUGGGUCAUUGGAUCAUAAUGAGUCAGUGCAAAGUCUCCUCUUGUACCUACAGUCUAAAAUACGCAACAGAAAAGGAGUGGUCUGUUAUAUACAUGAGGACUGUGUUUGUAAUGCAGUAAUUUUGUUGCAAAUAGUUAUGGUGAGUCCUGGGACUCAGUCCCAGUCCAGAACCAUUGAGUCCCAUUUCUAAAAGCAGUGAGUCCCUGGGUCUUUUGUAACAACACAGUUAAUCUGAAGACAGACUCCAAAACUCUCUAUUACAGUUUACUGAAAUAAAAAUAUACUCCUUCUAUUGUAAAGCACAACAAAGACUAAAAGAAAUAAGGGUUGUUUAACAACAGCCAUAAGAACAGCCACAGAAAUCACACGAUUGGGGUACUCUAUAAAAAACAUCUUUAGAUCGAUCAAUAAAUUGAUCUUUGCAUCCCACAAGACACAUGCCACAAAUUAUUUGCAUCUUUGAGAUUUUCAUGUGUCAAGGAGGUAGGACCCAGAGUUAACAAAAUCACUGGUAAUGUGCAUUUUUUAUGUCUUUCCUGUAGCUGGGCUUUGUGGAUGUCAAUUUAGCAGAGUUUGCUGGAUCAGCCACAACCACUAAGAGAUACAUUUUAGAAGGAUAUGGAGAUAAGACUCAGCUCCGACAAGACAACUCCAUCCUAGAGGUAAAGCAUUUCAUUUUGUUUUAAUUCCACCUUCUUGUAAUGUUACAAUGAUGAAGAUUACAAAGACUUUACAAGAAAAUAGCAAGAAAGCCCAGAGAAACUAUAAGGCUUAUGCAACAUAGGUUUUCUCAAUUCAGUUACAAAAAACAAACAAACAAACAAACAAAUAAUAUUUGAACAGAAAGGCAAAGUCAUUAUAUUAUUUUUAUAGUAAGUGUGAUGUCUCAGAACCAGCCAAUAUGUAAUGUAAGGGAAUCUUCAUACUUUUUUUCUUGAGGCCCUUCCCACCCACCCACCUUCCCCACCUUUUUGGAAAUUUGAAUGUUAGGCUUAAGUAUAUUCAAGAGGGUCAGAAGUACAGUUGACUCUCUCUUAACGGACACCUCUAUAAGACGGACACCUCUGUAAAACGGACACCUAGAGUUGGUCCCCGCCUUUGCUUAUUCCCUUUAUUUGAUGCUUUAUAAGAUGGACAUCUCUCUAAGGCGGACACUUAGUGCCCGUCCCAAAGGUGUCCGUCUUGGAGAGAGUUGACUGUAUGGAAAUUUUCUUGAGCUACAAAAUAUUUUUUGGAUGAUGAUAAUGAUAAUUUUUUUUUUUGUUUCUUUGUUGUUAACUAUAGGUUGAAGUCAGUAUGCAACUCAGAUCUGGAGAUCCACUGUUCAAAGUGUGAGUGUGUUCUGGGGGAUGAUGAAUCAUUGACUACUUAAUGUUGGAAUUAACAAGUAGGCCAGCUAGUGGAAGACUCAAGGUCUCUUUAAAGGAGCCUCCAAUUUGGACUUGCUCAUAGCUCAUCAUAAAUAGAAGGAUGUAGGGUGGUCAAAGUAGCAGGCUGCCAGCGAAAGUUGCCGCCUUUUUGCUUAGCAUUGGCCGGCUACUCUGCUUAGCAUUUCUUAACCGAUGGCGUUUUUUUAAAUAAAAUAUCCCUGGACUUACUUUACUUUACUUACUUACUUUACUUACUUUGACAACUCAGCCAUCUACUUUAAAACUUUCUGACAACCCUUAGGAUGUCACAGUUCUGGUUGACUUAAUGAUAUGGCACAUAAUAAUUUACACAGUAAUAAAAAUUGGUGUUGUUUUCUUACUAUGUUUUUUAUAUAUACUGCUUUGUAACAACCCUUGUGCAACAAAUAGUUCAGCACAGCAAAGCAGCAAUAAUACCGGUAGUAAGUUGUUUAAACACUGCAAUUAGUAACAAAGUGACUGCCGUGAAGCAAAUGAUAACAUUUACCAUACGUCAAGUAUCCCACAAUGAAUAACAUAUUUCAUAACAAGAGGAUAUGUUUCACAUACAAUCAAUAAUCCAUGUGGCUAAUUGUUUUAAAAUAGGUAACUGGUGAAAAUUCAGGAGCCUACUCAGGUAAUUCUCAAGUUAGAUUGUGUGACAAUUCAAGUGUUCAUUAUUACUAUUUUGCUGUUUCAACAGACCUCAUGCACCCUCUCACAACCAAGUAACCACAGAAACAGCUGAAAACAGGGCACCACUUUCUGAUCAUGACUCAGUGAGUACUGCCAGUUCAGGGGGUGAGACAGGAAGGAGCCUUACUAAAAGCACCUCAGACAGUGCAUCAGAAUGUCAGGAGACUGCUGGCGGUGCUCCUGAGAAUGCUUCCUUUGUCCCUGGACAUUCACGAAGCUUCAGUGAACCAUUUUAUAGCAACAGCAACCACAACCGGAGCAUUAGUCAACUUUCACGGAUAUCCGGGUACUCAACGGGUCAUUCUAUUUCCUCAAGUUUGGAACGCAGAUUAAGUAGGAGGUAUUGUUGAUGACGGUGUUGCAUACUGUUCGACUUUGCACCACUAUUUUUGUCUUGUCAUGUUUUGUUGCUCUUAGCAAUUCAUAGUAUUUUUUUUCUUGGUUAAGAAUCUUAGUCUUAAAAGUUUGUCAUAUUUUGUUGCUCUCAACAUACCACAGCAUUUCUUUUUAGUUAAAAAUCUUAAAGAGUUGUUCCCAGUUGCUAACAUUUGUAAUUUGCUUUGAUUAAUUUUGAAUUUUUAUUUAUUUAUUUUUUUACCUUCAAUACCUUAGUUUUAAUUUUAUUACGGAUGUGUAUCGUUUUUUUUUUUUUCACAUCUCAUUAUGGGCAUGUAUGCUUCACGUGGAAUGUUGUGCAGGUGUUACUGUGAAAAUUCAUUUCCAUGGUAACUGCUGUACCUUUCAGACUGACCUUGGCAGCUUUAUAAUGAAUUGAAAUAUAUGAAAUGAAUCAUAUUUAGAACUGUGAACAUGACCUUCACAGCAGAACUGAAUGAACAACCCAAGCAGUAUCAAAAUUUUUCAGGUUUUUUUCUUUUUUUUUGGUAACUUGUCUCUUACCUUUUUAGCAGAAUUGCCCAUACGCCUGUUUACAUCAGCUAGGUUUACAUCAGACCAGCUGAUGUCACCACCAGUUCCCGUUUUCAAACAAAGUUCUUUGCAGUUUCUUGGUUUUCCCUAUUACAGCUUGUAUUUUUCCAAAGUUAGUCCUAGAAAAAGGCCUCGUGUGAUAUAAACAUAGAUUAGGGCUGUUUUAAUUUAUCAAAUGGACUUUGUUUAGACAGGCUAAAGUUUUUUCAUCUCACCACACACUUUUGAGGCUUGACAAAGCUGUGGAUACUGGAUCUAACCAUUGAGGGGAAAGUUUGGGGGAGGGGAGGGGGGGAGUAGAAACAGGUGACUUUGAAGAUGUAAAAUUGGGAAGUCAAUGUUGACAAGUUUUUUUGGUUUAUUUUAUGUUUCCAACUAGAAAACAAAGUGCUGGAUCAGGACAAGCUGGCUGUAUCCUUUUUUAAAGUUUUAUGCAGACACCACUUAGGAUGUUCAGCUGUUUACACCAUUUAUAAGAUGCAAACCUUUGUUUCUUGAAGCAAACUAGGUCGUCUUGCCGGUCUUGACUAGCUUAAGCUAAUUACAGGCAACAAGUGUUUCCACCUUUUAAUUUUUAAAAGUGUAAAUAAAAAUGUUGUUGUUGUUGUUGUUGUUGUUGUUGUUAUUUAUGUAUGCCUUAGGUUCUCUAUCUUCCUUAACAGUACCAACAGCUAAUGAUACAGCAUUUUGUGGUUCAGAGCAUACAUUAUCACAUGCACCUGAAAAACAGGGCAAAAGAAUCAGUUGGAAGGUGAGUGCAUGAGUGUUUUCAACUGAAUGUUGAAGAAUAUGCCACAGUCCAUACACUAAGGAUAACAAUCAGUAAUUUUAGCCUCUGUUGUUUUCUUAUUUCUUCCUUUUAGCGGAGUGUAAUAAUCAUCAUUUGAUACACACCUAAACCUCUCCAUGUCAAAACCCUUCUAUCAUAGCAUAAUUAAUUAUUAAAAUAUAUUGGUUAUGAAGCCCCACAUAUUUCUUUAUUGUAUGUUUUUGUUUUGCAUUUUUGCAUUUGAAGGUGCACAACAUUGAAUUGUAUUCCCAUCUGUAAUGAAAUGUCCAAUAAAUGAACUUAUUCAGUCACUGUGUCAACCCUGCUCUUUGAGGGAGCUCCCAACAGAAAUUAUAGUACCAUUGUUGGUGCCAGUCUUUCAAUUUUGCCAGCUUCCAUAACCAGUCUCCUCUACUAUGACUAUAAAAAGUUCUCCUUGUCUCAGAUAGCCUGUUCCAGUGAUAGAGAUAGAGAGUGGCACACUUGAUCCCCGCUACCCCCACCCCGCACUGUUUUUUGUUUUGUUUUGUUUUUCCGGCUCACUACUCUUUGCGCCGUCCUCACUUUCUGAAUACCUGAAAUAAACUUCAUACACUCCUUAUUAGCCGCCCUGUGUUGUGUGGCAAGGACUGCUCUGAAUUGCAGAUACUUUUCUUUGUUCCUUUGUUGCCCGAAUUAAAGAGGUUUCACUGUCGCAAUGUAUUGUNGAGCUCCCAACAGAAAUUAUAGUACCAUUAUUGGUGCCAGUCUUUCAAUUUUGCCAGCUUCCAUAACCAGUCUCCUCUACUAUGACUAUAAAAAGUUCUCCUUGUCUCAGAUAUACUGUUCCAGUGAUAGAGAUAGAGAGUGGCACACUUGAUCCCCGCUACCCCCACCCCGCACUGUUUUUUGUUUUGUUUUGUUUUUCCGGCUCACUACUCUUUGCGCCGUCCUCACUUUCUGAAUAUCUGAAAUAAACUUCAUACACUCCUUAUUAGCCGCCCUGUGUUGUGUGGCAAGGACUGCUCUGAAUUGCAGAUACUUUUCUUUGUUCCUUUGUUGCCCGAAUUAAAGAGGUUUCACUGUCGCAAUGUAUUGUUUAUUUGACAGAAACCUGAUGACAUACGAUCAAGCCAUAGCAGAGUUAAUGCAGAUGAUGUAAUUGAACAAAUUUUUAGUGGGUAAGUUCUUUUUACCAUAGUCACCUUCUGUGAACAAACACUCCCCAUAUGCAAGGUUCUUAAAUCAUGAGACAGGUCCAGCCAUUUUUUGGAUUGAUUCUCUCUCUCUAUAGCAAUUUGUAUUGGAAUUUUUAAUAAGCGCGGGUAAGAAUAUUCUGUAGACGCUGUGCUUAACUUUUUACCUUGUUUCUUCCAGCCACAAUUUAUCAGGGGAUGAAAAUCCUUCAGGUAAGAUAAAUUUUGUUUAUCUUAGCCUGGUUUGAUGACAUUAUCCUUGUCACUUGGAUCACAGCCAGGUCUUUGGAACACUUAGAAACGGCAUUCAUUUUGUAGAUUUUGUGUGACCGAGGGUGUAACAACUAACUGUUGCACACUUUAGUAAACCAAUACCUUCAUCAUUAGCCUAAACUGAUGCGCAGAGAUUAACUCAGUUUUAUUUAUCAGAGGGUUGUGGAAUGGGUAUCAGGUUGUUGCGCCCGAAGGUUGAUUCACCAAACGUCACUUCGCCCGGGCUACGCCGAUUCGCCCGAUGCGUUUUUGACGUUCUUUGGCCUAAACACAGUGAGUAAAAAAGACAGUGACUAGACAUGUGGAACUCAAGCUUACCUAAAACAGCAUUUCUGAUUUGUAUGUUCACCUAGCCUGAAUUUCAUCCGAUUACUUCGAGUCGUUAUUACUCCCUCAGUAACGACGUUCACCAUGUUGUGGAGUAUUUUAUGUCUUUAGGCAAAUCGACUUAAAUCCGAGCGAAAUGCCAUCGGGGAAAUCGACUUUCGAGCGAAACGACCGCAAUUUGUGGAAUGACAGGUGGAGGAACUUGAAGAAAAUGAAGAAAGAUGUUUCUCAUUUUGUUUUUGUUUUUGCCUGUUUGUCAUCAGGGGAUGAACUUCAAAAUAACCAAUUAUCCAUGUUUUUGACAAAAGACGGAAUGUUGAAUCUGCCAGGUGGAUAUAGCAGGUUAGUAGCAGUACCUCAUUAAACACAUUCAAAGGCUGCAUACUCAAUAAACCAACCAUAUUAAUCCUAAUGCAUUGUCUACACUAUGGGACAUUGAUGUGGCUUCAUUAAAUGUUCAAAGCUCUUAGAACAGAUGUUCGUACCCGAAAAAAACAUUUCGUGUCGCUGAUUUUAUGAUCUAUAAUCUGUGGCUGUUUCCAAUAGUGCUGUUCCCUCAGCUGAUUUCCGAAUGCAGAUCCUUUGUGUUGCGAAUUUGAUCAUAUGCACAUGCAAUUUGCGCAAUGUCAGUAAUAAAUUAAUUUAUGUACUUAUUCUUCAGUUUGCUGCUGAAGUUGUCGACACGUGCCUAAACCUUAAGUUUUUAAAUAUAUUUUGGGGAUGUACCAAAUGUACCCUUUAUGUCCUCUGUGCAACCUUCAUUAACCGGACCCCCGAUCAAGUGAACACCAGCAUCUGCCAGUCCCGAACUUUUCUGUAAAACGAACUUUGCUAGUCUCUGUGAAACCUGGGUAAUCCAAUCAAGAGUUAUUUUACAACUCACUCAACCAAAAAUUUUUGGAAAUGCAUUGAUAUUCUACCCAGUAGGCCCGAGUGAGAAAGAGCCUGAGAUAAGAGUGCUAAAUAACUAAAGAACAUAUAAACGCGUCCUGCAGAAACACGUUUCUUUCACAGAUUUGAUAAUUUUGUGUGGGAUAAGACAUUAUUUAUUAUUCUUGUCAGUAUUAAAAUGUGGGGCAUGAUAUAUAAAUAUCGUGAACAAGUUUUGAAUUGACAGUUGCAAAACCAAGAGCAUUACCUACAAUCAGGCGUUAGUGAUGUAGGAAAGCAUGAGCGCAUUCUAGCAAUACCAUAUAGUUUUUCACACAUCACAGAUAACAGAUAUAGAUUGGGGUAAGGUGACGGAAAAUGUAUUGCGGUCGUUCUAGAGAGCGUCCUAGUGGUUUGCCCUUUCGUGUUGAGAUAGUUUGUUUUUUAUUUUUUUAUUUUUCCAAGAUCUUUCCCCACAAACCUUUGUAAUCACUCACCUUAAAGUCAUGCUGUCAUAAAGCUGGAAUUUUUUUCCCAACAACGUGCACUCUCAUAGGUUACUUGGAGGUCACAUGACAUCUAAAAAUGAAACUGUUUCCCGCCAAAAUCUCUGAGCGGAUCUAUGACGUCAGAGGGUGACACUGUUACCCGCGAAUGUCGACCGUCGUGACAGCGAGGUUUAAUGAAUUUCCAGCCUCAAAAUUUCCAGCUAUAUCGAAUCUCGAUUCUCGGGAAACAAAAUUAACUGUCUCCUUAGGGACCAGUCAUUAAGUGUCAAUUGUUAGUUUAUCUGUUAGUACCGUGUUGUUUGUAAGUGUUGGCACAUUUCCUAAUCUGAAAAUUAUUAAAUGAAAGUUCUUUUUGAAUCUCACAGGCCCAUCCCCGAAGACAAGUACAAGACACUGUAG